GCUGAAGUGGAGGAAACCCUAAAGAGGAUUCAGUCCCAGAAAGGCGUUAUCGCGACUAUUGUGAUAAACGCCGAAGGAAUUCCAGUAAGAACAACUCUUGAUAACUCUACAACAGUCCAGUAUGCAGCUCUUCUUCAGCAGCUCGUCAUGAAAGCUAGGAGCACAGUACGAGAUAUUGACCCUCAGAAUGAUCUAACCUUUCUUAGGAUUAGGUCAAAGAAACAUGAAAUUAUGGUAGCUCCAGAUAAGGAUUAUCUCCUGGUCGUCGUUCAGAACCCAUGUGAAUAG